AUGAGGAGUUUCAAGAGAAAGAUUGUGGAAGAGCUUGGGGAAGGUUUUAGAGCUUUGUGGAUCGACUACAGCCAUCAGUCAAAAGGGAUAAAAAAAGGGUCUAAUCUUCGACGCUAUUCAAAUGAUCGUAAUAUAACUACUCUCCCUAUUCGUACGAAUGGCAUAGGAGCAAGCAUUGACUCCAGUGCAUCUCUUUCAAAUUUCAUAACUAUUCUUGUCCCGCAGCACCUUCCAGAAAACACCCAGCGGUUCAGGUGGAACCGUCACAAGAAAGAUCAGUUUGCAUCAACAUCUGGCAUUCUGAGAUUCGCGUACAAGGAUAUUCAAAAAGCCACACAGAACUUCACUACUAUUUUGGGACAGGGUUCAUUUGGUCCAGUCUAUAAAGCUACAAUGCCAACAGGUGGAGUGGCAGCUGUUAAAGUGCUUGCAGCUGACUCCAAACAAGGGGAGAAAGAGUUCCAAACAGAGGUACUUUUGCUAGGUAGGCUGCAUCAUCGUAAUCUGGUGAAUUUGGUAGGGUAUUGUGUGGAUAAGGGUCAGCACAUGUUGUUAUAUGAAUUUGAGUAA